CAACAUUCAGCUGUUUCUCACACCACGUCUCGUCCUCCCGUCACCUCGAAUCUAUCAUUCACUCCCUUGUCCAAUUGUCACACGCAAUUGGCUCCGCUCGACCAUGCAAGUAGCACUGCUACAGUAGAAGACCACGCGCGGCACGGAGCUUACUUUCAAACAUCCACCUACACCAACCAACCUUUUUCCAACCUCCAUCAACCAACCCUCCGCUCCCCAGAGCCCUCCGGAGAAAAAGCUCUCAACAUGGUCAAAUUCUACUCCUCAAACGACACGUACGCCUACCCCUUCCCCGCCGUCACGCUCGCCUACUUCCUCCGGUAUCCGAAUCCAUACUCGACCCACGUGCUCUCGACCGACACCAUUGCCCGGCACUACGACGCCGAAAAGCAGCAGCUCACGACGGUGCGCCUGCACCUCAAGCGCUCGAAGCUGCCGAGCGCGGUCCUGAAGCUUGUCCCCAGGUCCCUGCUCGGCGCAUCCGCCAGCGGCGACACGCAGUCGUACAUCCUCGAGAAGUCGGUCGUCGACAUGAGGAACGGCGUCAUGGACACGGAAUCCCGCAACCUCGAGUGGACUGGCAUCCUCAGCGUCAUCGAGCGCCAGCAGUUCCGGCGCCCUACCUCCCCCGCACAGGAGGACGCGAAGUUCUGGCAGGGCAUGGAGGGCGCGGCUCGUCGACACGGGUUCCUGUCGUUCGGCCCCGGCGCAAAGGUCGAAGACAACGGAGAGACGACCGAGGUGACGAGCUCAGUGACGCUGCUCUCCCACGUCGGCGAGAGGUGGAAGAAGAGGAAGGCCGCCGAAGGUGCUACCGCCGCCGGUGCCGCCGAGGACGACCAGCAGCCCCAGAAGAUGGGCUUCCUAAAGAGCUGGACCACGGCGUCCCUGCAGCGCAGCAUCGAGGGGAUUGGCCUGAAGCGCGCGAUGAGGAGCCAGCCCAACGCCAAAGAGGGCAUGAAGGUGGUGCUGCAGCGCAUGCGGGAGGGCGGCCUCGUCGCCGUGCUCGAGGGCAUGCGCCAGGAUCGCGAGGCAGGCCUUCUCACAUACGGCGAAUCUAAAAGCGGACCUCCUCGCCGUGGAGGAGACGGGGGAGCCGAUUGAAACGAAUUUCCUUUCCUCCCUUCCUCCCUUUCGCAUCAUUCGCAGGAGCAAACAGCGUUCCGUUCCGUAACGAAUUCCAAACCCCCCAAAAGUAAAAAAGGACCAUGAAAAACACGUCACUCUACGUCCAUCCAU